UCACCAAAUUUUAUAAAAUUCUGAACUUUUUGAAAUUUUUUAUGGUUUUAGCAUGGUUUAGUACGGCAACAUUGUAUCGCCUGUACCGAAACUCCUUAACUGUUCGUAAAGCGAAAUAUGGCCAACUCUGCGAAACUAAACGAAAAAACAAAAGCGUUAGAUUUUUAGAUAAACAUUUAUUUAUUUGAAACAGUAACAGAAGUUGCUGAGAUAAUGGAGUGUAGAUAUUCAUAACUUUUGCGCUGAGUGCGCCUGGAUUACUGUACACCUGCGAACACCGUUCUACCUUCACUCCUCGACCGCUUUCACGAACUUGACCGUUUUCACACACGUUUGCACGUAUUUUUCACCUUUUUGCAACAUUCUAAUGAAACCUGGGCUUUACGUUUUUUAGUGGGAAACUUACACUUUCAAGAUCGGUUGCAAGAUUGCGCAUUAAAAACUUCUAAUUACAAUAAUGCAAAGAGUAAUUAUCUGACAGGUUUCGCAAAAUACCUUUCAGUAUCUAUUAAUUCACAAAGCGCCUGCGCUACGACUUUAAAAUAGUCUGGAUUAUGCAUUUAAAAAAAGACGCGUUAACCGCCGGUUUUUUUGUGUUUCUCUCUUAAUUAAAAAAUCCGAUCGAGUCAUUUCAGCGUUCCUCUACAAUUCCCUCUUCAAAGCAUUUCAUUCGACAUUAGCUUUCAUUCGACACGAGAUAAACGAGAAUUACACGAAUUUCUGGCAUAAAAAGCGUCAAUAAAAAAAUCACCUCCUGAAAAUUGAUACGAGCGAAUGAAAAAUCAGGAGGGCGAAUCAAUUUUUUCUUAAGACGAAUGUAAACCUUCAAAACUUAAUGCGAUUGACGAAAAUAUUUACUUGUUUUGGAAAAACGCUCUGAAUUAUUGGGAUGAAAAAUAGCGAUGCAAACAUUUUCGAAUAACGUGUAACCCCCGCUGCCUAAACUCUCGGCGCCUCAAUGAACCAACAAACGUUUGAGCAACUGUUCGAUUUUCGCUGCCUACAUUUUUUACAUCGAGUCCUUAUGAUACUCACUCAGGACAGUGUGAUACAAUCUGUUUUCACAAAAGAUUAUUAUUUUUCGAGUAUAUAAUGGAAUGAAAAUAAAUCUUUUCUCAAUACUAACUCAAUUAGGUGUAGAGUGGAAAUCCAUUGGGUCUGAAAAGCCCUGUAUAUUUACGUCGACUAGAAGUGUAAAGCCCGCAGUUUAUAUGGUUCCCAAAAACAUCACCGGGAUUUGAACCCGUGAACCUGAGAGUAAGAAAAUGUACAGUGUAUCGCUUCUCCCACUCCGAACGAGUCGGAGGGGAAAUAUCCAUCGGUCGAUAGUAGCAACAUCACUCGGCUGCGCUAGCCACUAAAAAAGUGGGGCCAAGCGGUCCGUAAGAAGUACACUUCUAUGAGGAUCCAUGUUCGUGACGUCGAGAUAAUUCAUCUUUCAUACGUCAAGUAGCUGCACAUACACAAAGAUUGCAAAAGGGUAGGACGGAAGAGGGAGAAAAACGAGCGAGAGAGAGAGAGAGAAAGUUGACACCCCCUUCUUUAGCCCACUUGACUCCUCUCAUCAGCUCUUUUCCUCCAAUAAUACGGCUUUUACACGUUAUUCUAUAUUACAUGCUGAUAAUGUAAUGCGAGUUUGAAUAAACACGUACACACAAACUCGUAUGAAUACACGAAUGCGUUGGCUCCUUAAGUUGGUCGCCCCUCACCAGCCUUCUUAAAGCAGUCCCCCCCGAACGCUGAUAAAUAAAUAUUAAUCGAUAGUUAAUUCAAAUUCAUUAUUCGUGAACGAUCGAAGAAGGAAAAUUGACACAAGUGAACCGCCACUCGCCCGAGCGAGUUCUUUUUUUCGGCUUAUUCGUGCAGAAACGCUUCCAACGCUACGGUAUUAUUAAUUCUCGUAAUACUGUGAAUUCAUAGAUUUUUUCUAUUCGAAUGUUCGUUAAAAGGUAAAUUUUCGAUCGGCCCGAAUUCGCUCACAAAAUAGGAGCCGUGUUAAAAAUCCGGGCAGCGUCGAGUUGGUGAAUAUACAAUAUUGAAGAUCGCAGUGCUCGUGGCCAAUCGAUUGUCGGAAUCGAUCGUCGCUCGAUAUUUCGGUGGAGAUUUGUUUCGAUGGGAACAUCUUCGUCGAACCCUUCCGGCUUUGCUGUUAACUACCAAUAUUUGGUAAUUUAGUUAUACUGGAUAAUGAGCGACGAGUUUCCAGCCGAAAUAAACAAAGCUGAGCUUCUAUCUGCCUAAAAAAUAUUGUUCUGGGAAUCAUGGUCCAUCUAAAACGCAAGAUUCUGUCCCGAGGAGGUUUAAUGAGCCGAUUACAGCAAACUAUCAGAUUCAGUUCAUCGCUUAAGAUCCAAGAUGAAGAACAAAUACCAUCCGAACGUUCUUUCAAGUAUUCAGAUUUAACAGUUCGGUUUGCUCCACCGCAGCUUCUCCAACCUAAACCCAAUGUCAGCGAUCUUACAUUCGGCAAAUAUUUCACAGAUCAUAUGCUCAAAAUAUUUUAUUAUGAGGCAUUGGGUGGCUGGCAAGCACCCAUGAUAACACCCUUUGAAAAUCUUGUACUCCAUCCUGCAGCCAAAGUUCUUCAUUAUGCGGUUGAACUCUUCGAAGGAAUGAAGGCCUAUCGGGGUGUCGAUGGGAAAAUAAGGAUUUUCAGACCUGAUAUGAAUAUGGAGAGAAUGAACAGCUCAGCAAUAAGAUCCGGGUUGCCCACAUUCAGCGGUCCCGAACUUAUCAAAUGCCUUCAAAGAUUCAUCAGUAUAGAUCAAGAAUGGGUACCACAUUCCGAAGCCUCUAGUCUAUAUAUUCGCCCAACCCUCAUUGGCAUCGAUCCUACAUUGGGAGUUGCUGCGGCGGAUUCAUCCCUUCUCUACGUCAUUUUAUCACCAGUAGGUUCUUACUUUAAAAACUCGAAGGCAGAGAAAGGAGUAUCUUUGCUCGCCGAUCCUCGCUACACAAGAGCUUGGCCUGGAGGAUGUGGCGAUGCAAAAAUGGGCAGUAAUUACGCCCCGACGAUACAAGUCCAAAGGGAAGCAACCGAAAAAGGCCUACAACAAGUUCUAUGGCUGUUUGGCGAUGACAAUCAAUUGACCGAAGUGGGCACCAUGAAUAUUUUCAUGGUUUACAUAAACGACGAUGGAGAGAAAGAAUUAGUUACGCCACCCCUUAACGGUCUAAUUUUACCUGGAAUCACUAGGAAUUCGAUUCUAGCGCUAGCUCGCGAAUGGAAUCAAUUCCGAGUUACCGAAAGAACAGUUACUAUGGAUGAGGUUCGUCAGUUACUUUCUAAAAAGAGGUUGUUGGAAAUGUUUGGUGCCGGAACAGCAUGUAUCGUAAGUCCAAUAGAAAACAUCAAUUACGUUGGUGAGAAUUUUCAUGUGCCAACGAUGAAACAAGCGGAUCCUCUUUGGAGAGCAUUUCUCAAGCAUCUCUCGGACAUACAAUACGGUUAUAUACGAGAUCACCCAUGGGCACUGGAAAUCGACUAAUUAUUAUGUCAAUAAGGCCGAGCGAAAGUGAUAAUUUUGAAAAAUUAGAAGCAAAUCCAUUAACUUAUUUUCUCAAGAUGUAAAGAAAAGAGAGCGUUUUAUUUUGACAAUAGAAUCAUGAAUGAACUACACAGAAAAAUAUUUCAAAAAUCUGUACAGAACCGUGCAUUCAGGCUUUCUUUUAAUCUCACAACCCUGCAAAUCAACCGCGACUUAAUCAUUGGAUUAUAUUUGUAUAAAGAGUACUGAAAUUAAUUUAAGUGAUUUUUUCAUUUGUAUGACGACUGUAAAAAAGCAAUCGAAUUUUUCCCGGGAAUCUUUUGUGUUUCGGACACUCAAUUGUAAGAGAGAAGUUUCAUUUGAUGAAACAUGAAAAAUUAGUGAAAAUAAUCUCUAAAAAAUAACGAUUGUUUAUCGUUUUUUAUUGAUCGAGAAAAACCUCUAUAUUGUAUUAUUUAAUAAGACGGAACAUCUGAGCGAAAAAGAAUGAAUGAAAUCGGUCAUCCUGUGAAAUUCGUGUGCUUGUGUGUGUUUUGGGUUUUCCUUUGCGCUUCCGUGGCUAUACUUUAAUAAAUUCGUCUCAUUGCGCACGACCAAAUGUACAUAUUAGUUUUAUUACGAAUUCUUACUGUAAAUAAAUAGUUCAAUUUUUGCAAAUGA